UUCAGUUCCGUGGACCGGUUUGGAACGGGUUAAAUUUAGGCUUGAUGGCGCUAAACUGCAGAGGUGUAUUUAUUGUUGGAGCAAAGAGAACUCCUUUUUGCAGUUAUGGUGGACCUUACAGAGAUUUACCUGCAUCGCAUAUUUUCGCUGAGGCGGCAAAGGAUGCUAUACAUUCGGCCAAUAUAAAAGCAGAAAUAAUUGAUAACACCGUAGUCGGGAACGUUAACUUUCUUAGUCAGUGCGAUGGCGGGAAGACUCCUAGGUAUUGUGGUACGUAUUCCGGAGUUCCUUUAGAUAGACCAGCGUUAGGAGUCAGCAAGGCUUGUGGUACGGGACUGCAAGCUGUUAUAACUGGUACUAUAGAUAUUUUAACAGGUUCAUCCAAAGUAAGUUUAGUGGGUGGGACUGAACUUAUGUCAUCUCUUCCAAUGUUGGUCCGUAACGUAAGAUUUGGGACCACACUCGGUGUCAAAUACCAGAUGGAGGACCAUAUAAAGAAACAAAUAAUAGACAGCUACUGUGGUCUAAGUUUGGAAGAGAUAGCUGAGCUUGUGGCGAAGAAAUAUAAAUUAUCAAGAGACGAAGUAGAUCAGUACGCGUUGCAGAGUCAUUUAAAAUGGAAAUUAGCUCAUGGAGAUAAUGUGUUCUGUGAUGAAAUUACACCAAUAAGUGUAAAGGCUAAAAAAGAUAUAAUAAUAGACACAGAUCAAAUACCUCGAUUAGAUUUAACCGCGCAAGAAUUAUCAAUUAUUCCGCCAACAGUAGACGACGGAACAAUAGUUACAACUGGCAACUCUACGGUUCCUGCAGAUGGUGCUGCAGCAUUGAUAGUAGCUGAUGAAGAAUCAGUGAAGAAGCAUGACUUAACACCAUUAGCGCGGCUUGCGGGUUGGGCGUGCGUCGGUGUACAACCAGAACAAGCUAGUUUAGGCGCCAUUCCCGCCAUUCAGAAGUUACUUGCUGUCACUAACAAAAAAAUACAGGAUAUCGAAUUAUUAGAGAUUAAUGAAACCACAGCGAUACACGCAUUGGCGACAAUCAAAGAACUGAAUAUAGACCAAAGCAAAGUGAAUGUGUGUGGUGGGGCAUUGUCGUUGGGACACCCUGUAGCCGCCACCGGAGCUAGGAUGGCAACACACUUGGUGCACCAGAUACGGAAAGGUAAUAGCAAGACGGCAGUGGCAGCCUCCAGCUGCGGAGGUGGACAAGGCGUUGCUUUGAUGCUGGAAGCAGUUUAAACAAUCUCAUUAAAUGUUUAUAAAAAAUGUGAAAAUCUAUUUAAAAUAAAAGAAUAAUUCCAGUAUGUUACUGUCUUUAUUUAUAGUUAACUUGAUAGGUUAAAUAUUUUCAUUAUUUCAGUUUCAACAUUUAUUUCCAUACAUACUGUAAAGUAAAGGAAUCCAUUUACUGACAAUCAUUAGGUUAUCAAUUAUUUUCUUUUUUUAAUCUAUAAUUAACCAUGUUUUAGUUAAUAUUUUGAAUUGAUAACAUUAAAACCCAAAGGCAGCAAUUUUUCAUUGAAAUUUAUUGAAAAAGAACCUUAACCAUCUCUUCUGUAUUUAUAACCAAGUGUCAUAAGUCUUAAUAUUACUACUGUAAUAAAAUAUUUACAAAUGAAUUAAAUUACGAUAUAACAUAAAUGAAAUGUAGAACACAUUGAGUGCCACCAACUGGCAUUGUAACUCGAGACA